AUGCGGGCUCAACGAUCAUUUCAGCUAUAUUCCGUCAUCCUACUAUGCCUUUCUACAUUUGUAACUGCAUGGCCAUGGCCCAAAUGGCUACCGGAAUUAGAUUCCAUAAUUGUAGCACGACAGGACGACACUUCUUCGCAGUCCUCUGCUGCUGCUGACAAUACAGCAUCUGCUACUGCCACUGCCACUACCACUGCCACUGCAGCAUCAAGGCCUACAAACACAGCAUCACAAACUAGCUCUCAAUCAGGCGAUUCCAAGUCAACGACAAAAUCAAGCUCGCAAACAGGCUCAAAUUCAGCCACCACAUCUGGAUCGAAAACAACAAAAACAGCUUCCUUUCAUUCUAAUUCUACGAAUAGCCAUACGACCUACAAUGCAACUUAUGCGGCAGGUGGAAUCUCUCUAAUGACCCCAGCCGCCGCUUCCACGACAUACUUCAAAAUUGGUGAUUACAUUACCUUCGCCUGGAAUUAUACAUCUCUCGAAGCUACUCCUACUGCUGUCAACAUUAUGGCCACUUGUAAAGCCAACGCUCAAUUAUACACGAUAGCCACGAACCAAACUGUCACGAACUCCGUCCAAGCCGUAACCUGGGAUACUAGUGGCUAUCAAGCGACUGCUGUUACAAACCCUUUGCUCACGCAAACUUACACUUUGAUCAUCUAUGAUGCGGAAAGCAGUAUCAGCGCGACUCCUGAACCGGGCUAUCUGUCGGUAUACAGUCAAUAUUCUUUCGGAAUGUACGUGCCGCAGCCAUACGCUCCUCUUAAUGAUUGGGUAUGUGCUACUUGCAGCGGUGCGUUGUCUGAUAUGGAGAGACAGGCAAUGAGGUUGAUGCUUGCCAUGGGUGUCGUUACUGUGCUCAGCUUUACCUGGUUUGUGACUGGAUUGGAUGUUAUUUGGUAA